ACACUCUGAAAGGAAACAUUGUAUUAUUACAGAAUGGCUUCCAAAGUGACUACAGUUCUGCUCUUGCUGCAGCUGAGUGGUUUCUUUGUUUCUGGGAAAUGUGGGAAAGUGUUGGUGUGGCCAAUGGAAUACAGCCAUUGGAUCAAUUUGAAGAUAAUAUUGGAUGAGCUUGUGGUAAGGGGUCAUGAGGUGACUGUUCUGGUAUCUUCAACUUCUACUUUCUUUGAGGUCAACAAACCAUCUCAUAUUAAAUUUGAGACCUAUCCUUCAUCAAUAAGCAGUGAGGAGAUAGAAAAGUUAUUCCUGGAAUCACUCAGAAAAUGGAUUUAUGAGCUGCCAAAGCUGCCAUUUUGGACAUAUUUUUCCACGUUGCAAGAACUUACAUGGGAAGAUUCUGCUUAUUUUGAGAUUCUCUGCAAAGAUGUAGCUUUGAACAAGAAACUUAUGACAAAACUACAAGAAUCCAGGUUUGAUGUCGUUCUCGCAGAUGCCUUUGUUCCCUGUGGUGACCUGCUGGCUGAACUACUAAACCUUCCCUUGGUGUACACUCACCGCUUCUUUCCUGGAUACACAUAUGAAAAAUACAUGGGAGGACUUCCAGUCCCUCCUUCUUAUGUGCCUAUCAUUGAGACAGAACUCAGUGAUCGAAUGACAUUCAUGGAGAGGGUGAAAAACAUGCUAUACGUGAUUUAUUUUGACUUUUGGUUCCAAGCAUUUAAUGAGAAGAAGUUGAAUCAGCUUUAUAGUGAAGUUCUAGGUAGACCUACAACAUUAUUUGAGACAAUGGGGAAAGCUGAUAUAUGGCUCAUUCGAACCUACUGGGAUAUUGAAUUCCCUCGCCCACUCUUACCAAAUUUUGAAUUUGUGGGAGGACUCCACUGCAAACCUGCCAAACCUCUGCCUAAGGAAAUGGAAGACUUUGUCCAGAGCUCUGGCAACAAUGGUAUUGUGGUGUUUUCUCUGGGGUCAAUGGUAGGUAAUAUGACAGAAGAGAAGGCCAAUGUGAUUGCAUCAGCGCUAGCACAGAUUCCACAAAAGGUUGUAUGGAGAUUUGAUGGCAAGAAACCAGAUGUCUUGGGAUCCAACACUCAGCUCUACAAGUGGAUCCCCCAGAAUGACCUUCUUGGUCAUUCAAAAACCAAGGCUUUCAUAACUCAUGGUGGCACCAAUGGUGUCUAUGAGGCCAUCUACCAUGGGAUUCCUAUGGUGGGCAUUCCUUUGUUUGCUGAUCAGCCUGAUAACAUUGUUCACAUGAAAGCCAAAGGAGCUGCUGUUAGACUGGACUUCCACACAAUGUCAAGUGCAGAUUUGCUCAAAGCACUGAAGACAGUCAUCAAUGACCCUAGCUAUAAAGAGAAUGCAAUGAGGUUAUCACGAAUUCACCAUGAUCAGCCAGUGAAGCCUCUGGAUCGAGCUGUCUUCUGGAUUGAGUUUGUCAUGCGCCACAAGGGAGCUAAACACCUUCGUCCGGCUGUCCAUGACCUCAACUGGUUCCAGUACCACUCUCUGGAUGUGAUUGGUUUCCUGCUGGCCUGUGUGGCAACUGUCAUCUUCAUCUUCAUAAAGUGUUGCAUGUUUUGUUGCCAGAAGUUAGGUAAAACUGGAAAGAAGAAUAAAAGAGAGUAAUUGUAGGUAGGUGU